CUGCGACUGUCAGUUGUUUGUUUCUUUGGGAGGUUGGGUUAAAAAUGUAGAUUUCUUGCUACUGUGUAACUAUGACGAAUUUCUUGUUUUCUUUCGUACAUAGUAACCUUCUGACAAUAGUUCCUCUAGUUUAAAUAAUAUGAUCUUUGCACAUUAAUGAAGUUUUACAAAGUAGUUUUGAAUUUGGCAUUGCUGUUGUGUGUUAUUUUCAUUGUUGUUCUGUAUGUUUAUCAGACAGAAGAUGAAUCUCAUACAGUAUUUCAUAGAUCAAAUGGCGUAUUCAAUGGUAAACAAGAACUACAAGAAGUUUUUAAAGCCACCGUGAAGAGUGUAACGAGCGAUCAAAACAACACAGAACCCAUCGAAUACAAUGUUUGGUGCAUAUUUACUAAGGUUAAGAACAUGAAUUCUCCGCUCAAAUUCAAGUUUGAGAAUAUGUUAUCCUCAAUAUUGCAAUACUCGUCAAUAGUCAUAAUUCUAAAUAUUAUAAGUGAUGCUAGAAGUAAAUAUAUAGUAGAAUCUGUGAUAAACAAAAAGAUAAAUGAAACUGGAAAACAACUUAUUAAGGUGAAAUACCAUAGUGUAGAAACAAUCACAAGUGCUUUAUCAAAUGUAACAGUUACCAUGCAACCGUUCUUCAGUCCCCACCCGGGCGCCUACUACAGCGACGCCCUGUUCUUCAUCUCUCUCGGCCUCUACAGGUUGGCCUCUCCGGAGCACAGAUUCGCCGUCAUGCUAGACAUUGACAUCGAGCUGCAGACAGACAUUGCCAAUCUCUUCAACGAGUUCCAGAAUUUCAGCCCAGACAACCUGAUAGGGCUUGCACCAGAACUAUCACCUGUGUAUCAGCACAUACUGUACGCAUACCGCUCGCGCCACAAGACGUCGCUCUUGGGUUCGCCUCUGUCGGCGGGUGGCUUUCCCGGCCUCAACAGCGGUGUCAUCCUCUUCCCGUUGGACCGCAUCAGGGCGUCCCCCCUCUACCAGACACUGCUCACCCUCCCCGCCAUUCAGAACCUUACUAGCAAGUACUCGUUUAAGGGCCACCUGGGCGACCAAGACUGGUACACUCUGGUGGCGAUGGAGCACCCGCACCUGAUCCACCAGCUGGACUGCGCCUGGAAUCGGCAGCUGUGUCUGUGGUGGCGUGACCACGGCUACCAUGACACAUUCCACCAGUUUGCGCGCUGUCCGCGACCGGCACACAUCCUGCAUGGCAACUGCAACACGCCCAUUCCACGCAGCCCACAACCUAACCUCACCAAUCAUCUGUAGAUAGCCUACAUGCAUCCCAAAACCACAUUAAUGAUGUCUAUAGUGAGGUCCAAUCAUCUGUAGAUACCGUACAGUCCGGGUCCUGUAGCUUCGCCUUUCGGCGGAGGGCCAUUAGACCAUAAUACUACCC